CCUGCACUCAUCCAUGAUGAGCAAUCCGUCUGUUGUCUGCCAGCAAUGUAAAGAGCCCCUUCAGUUGGAUGCAUCACUAGUUGAUUUGGCUCCUUCCGCCUAUGACACGAUCAUAGCGUCGCUCCCUCCGCGGUCGUCCUCGACACACCUUCGACAUGCGACCGAUGCUGAAAAGGUGGGACAGCCCUCAGCUCCUUCAUCUGUUAGGGAGGUAUGGCGAAAAUCAAAAGGCUCUCCGAGUUCCGCCGCUUCUUUGUCUCCCAAAACGCAAGGCAAGGAGCCUCAAAAUAGCACCAUGUCUCCUCACGAUUCGUUUGUGCUGCUGCAAGACAGUGUUGUUCACCACACUCCGUCUAUAUCCACCCCAUCUCGUUCCAAAAAAGGAUCGAUCAAGGCGAAGAAUUCGGCAAAUCCAGCAUCUGUCUCCAGGCCCCCGGAAACAGUCGUACAAAAUUCUCCGCUUUCGCACCAUCUGCGGUCAACUGUGCGCCUCUUCAAUCUAAUAUCUUCUCGCACAGAUAUCGAUCAUCCUCUUUGCACUGAAUGCACUCAAGUUUUGCUUACAUCAUUGCAACGUCAGUUGGAUGAAACAAAAAAAGAGCGAGACGGAUAUAUCGCAUUCGAAAAGGAAGUUAGAAAGGAGCGUGAACGAGAAUCUCAGGGGUUGACCAAAGAAGAAGCAGAGAAAAAGAUUGAAAAAUUGAAAUUGGAUGAACAGCUGGCAGUAGAGCAAUUGAAAGAGGCCGAGAAAGAGAGGUUACAAUUAGAUGAAGAGCUCAGAGUCCUCGAACAAGAAGAAAAACUGUUGGAACUCGACGAAGCAAACUUCUGGAGAAAUCACAAUGACAAUAUACUCUCUGGGGAGCAGAAAAAUAUGCAGCUCGCAACUCUUCGAGCUGCUUACGCGGCAGAUUCAGCUGUCCUUGAGAAGCUUGAACGUACAAACGUGUACAACGACGCUUUUUGCAUCGGCCAUGACGGUGUGUUUGGGACUAUCAAUGGGCUAAGGCUGGGAAGAGUACCUGGAGUUCCGGUGGAAUGGGCUGAGAUUAAUGCGGCUUGGGGUCAAACUCUUCUUCUCCUACACACGAUCGCGAGAAAACUUGACUACAAGUUCGAAAAUUAUCGUCUGGUGCCCAUGGGCUCGUUCUCGCGUAUCGAACGAACUUCAGGGGACAAAGCGAGCUAUGAAUUAUAUGGCUCUGGCCAUUUGGGCAGGCUGCUUCAUAAUCGUCGCUUUGAUUUCGGGAUGGUUGCGUUCAUAGAUUGUUUGAAGUGUCUAACUGACUAUAUCAAGUCUCAAGACCCUAGCGUUGAUUUUCCUCAUCUAAUAUCAAAAGACAAAAUUGGGGAUGUCUCUAUAAAGCUGCAAUUCAACCAAGAGGAAGCUUGGACACGCUCUUUACGGCACGUCCUUCUGGCUCUGAAGAUAUGCUUGAAGUGGGCUACAAAUGGUGUGAAUGGAUAAUGGCUAUAUACCCAGUACAAAGAUGUACUUAAGUCCAAGUUUUAAUGAGAAUUACCGGUGAAACCGGUGAAUGAUAACGAAUCACGAUAUGGGGGUGAUUGGAGUUGCCUUUUCGGGAGUUGUGAUUUCCUUUUCUAGCACAUCGGAUUCGGGAACGGAUACGGAAGAUCCGGAAAGCUCUUACAAACCAAGUUAAAG